CUUGCACCCAAAUUUAAACAAUGCAUCCCAUCGUGCACAGGGUUUCACACCAGUCAUUACAGAAAUUUUUUUUUAUGUGGACUCAGGUCUUCUUUUCUUGUUGAGUAACUAAAUCAAACUCCAAGAAUCAUUAAUCUUUCACGCAAUAAGUUUGAAAUAAAUACACAAAAAAACAAAAAAGAAAUCGACCUUAUUCUCAACAAGUAAACGUUUUCCAUGUAAACACUCUUGAUAUUGCUUUCAAGUUCGAUUAAGGAGUUUGCACAAUGGACAAAGUUGUAAUCAUUGCUUUGAAUAAAGAAGAAAGAAAAAGAAAACAUACCGAGGUUUGUUUAUUCAUUACCAGGGUCAGCCAAAGAGACCAAAUGCCCUUCAAUCUUGUUACCAUCUCUUGUUUGAGUUGAGAAAAUGGUAAGGCUACUUCUUACUUCAACCUUCCUAAUCAUGAUCACGUGCCUAUCAUCAUCCUCCACAAAUUCAAUGCCAAGUUCAAACUCAAGAGCUUGCCUUCCCCACACCUGCAAUGGAUUAAACAUACGAAGCCCGUUCUGGAUUCCGGGCCCACAAGACCCCGAAUGCGGGUCGCCGGGUUUCAACGUCACUUGCCGAGACGACCAAAAGCCCAUAAUCGAGAUCAACGGCGACGAAUACAUCAUCAAGAACAUAUUCUACAAGAACGAGUCAAUCCUUCUAGCCAAGGCCGACGUGUUUGAUGACGUGGCAAAGUGCCCGGCCCCACGCCGCAAUUUCACGGUCCGCGGGAGCCCGUUUCGCUACGGGCCCGAAACAUCGGAUCUGUUUUUUUUCUACGACUGCACGGCUCCUUUUGACAGGCAGACGUACGCAGUCGAAUGUGCUGGCAAUGCCAGUAGUCACUCGUUCGCGGUCUUUCAUGUCGAGCUCUUGAAGCAUUGGAAUUACUCUGUGGAGUUGUGCAGGGCUCCGGUUAACGCUCCUGUGGAGGACGAUGAUCUCCGGAAGCUUCUGGAAAUGAAUUACACCACCAUUUUGAGAAAGGGGUUUGUUCUGCAGUGGGGACACAGGGACUGCGGCAGUAGCUGCAAUAGAUUAGAUCCCCGACUGAAGAUUGGUAUAGGGAUUGCAGCUGCUGCAUUCAGUUCAAUCCUAGUCUCCAUAACCCUAGUCGUCUAUCACUCGAGGCGCAGAGCCCGAUCUUCUAUUCCAUCAUCCCCGAGCAUCAAGAAAGACCUGGAAGCUAUCGGUGUCCGCAUUUUCGACUACCACGAACUCGAGCGCGCCACGGACCACUUCAACCCCAAAUCCGAGCUCGGAGACGGCGGCUACGGCGCCGUGUAUCGAGGCAAGCUCAAGGACGGCCGUCUCGUGGCCGUCAAACGCCUCUACGAGAACCACAAUCGACGAGCCGAGCAGUUUGUGAACGAGGUCCGAAUCCUCUCCCGCCUAAAACACACCAACCUCGUAACCCUCUACGGCUGCAGUUCGUGGCUCUCGACCGAGCUCCUCCUCGUGUACGAGUUCGUCCCAAACGGCACUUUAGCCGACCAUCUCCACGGGCCCCGCGCAGUCCUAGGGUUUCCCCCGUGGGCCGCGCGGCUGAGGAUCGCUGCCCAGACGGCCGCCGCCUUAUCCUACCUCCACUCGUCGGGGGUCGUUCACCGAGACGUGAAGAGCAGUAAUAUUCUCCUCGAUGGGAAUUUGACGGUCAAAGUUGCGGAUUUCGGGCUGUCGAGGCUGGUGCCAGCUGGCGUUAGCCACGUGUCGACGGGCCCACAGGGGACUCCGGGAUAUGUGGAUCCGGAGUAUGGGGAGAUUUACCGUCUCACGGAGAAGAGCGAUGUUUAUAGCUUUGGUGUUGUGUUGGUGGAGAUUAUAUCGUCGAGGACUGCUGUGGAUAUCACGAGGAAAAGGGAGGAGAUUAAUUUGGCUGCUAUGGCUUUGGGGAUGAUUCAAAGGGGUGUGGUGGGUGAGCUUGUGGACCCGCGCUUGGGGUUCGAUUCGGAUGGUGGAGUCAGAAACAGUAUUACUGCUGUGGCUGAGCUGGCAUUUCAGUGCUUGCAGAGCACAAAGGAUAUGAGGCCAAGCAUGGAAAGUAUUGUGAAUGUGUUGCAGGAAAUCCAGAUCAAAUAUUACAGCAUGAAUGAUAGUAUUCAGGUUCCCAGAGAUGAUGAUGUUUUCUUUGUAUCAGAGUGAUUUUUUGGUAAAAUCUGUUGGUGUGUGAAUGUGUGUGUGUGUGUAUAUGUCUGAAUUUAAAUGCAUCAGCGCAAGUGGUACGCUUUUUGCUUGAUGAUUGAGGAGUUUGUUGAACAAACUGUGUUUGCAUAAUCUGUGAAGAAGGUGGGGUGGAUACACUUUUUUGGGAGGAAAUAUCCUUGCUCUUAAUAAGGCUUAUGGGUUAAAGCACUGAUAAAACAUA